CUCCUCCUCACACUGAAAACCUGUCUGCCUCCUUUCUCACCAGGCUUCUCAGGAACACUGGCCCUGUUACCAGAAGCCCAGGAGCCCCCAUGAGUGCUGCUGAAGUAAGUCCUGGAUAGUGAGGUCCUGGCUGGUCCAGGGAUAGGUACUCCACCAUGCCACCCAUCCUUCAGCGCCUACAACAGGCCUCCAAGAUGAUAAGCCGCCGGAAAAUCUUACUGCUGGUUCUGGGGUGCAGCACGGUGAGCCUCCUCAUCCACCAGGGGGCUCAACUCAGCUGGUACCCCAAGCUGUUCCCCGUGAGCUGCCCGCCUCAGCGGGAGUCGCCACCACGCCCCAAGCACAUGACGGUGGCCUUCCUAAAGACGCACAAGACGGCGGGCACCACGGUGCAGAACAUCCUGUUCCGUUUCGCCGAACGCCACAAUCUCACCGUAGCCCUGCCGCACCCGAGCUGCGAGCACCAGUUCUGCUAUCCUCGGAACUUCUCGGCGCACUUCGUGCACCCAGCCACGCGGCCUCCACACAUGCUGGCCAGCCACCUGCGCUUCGACCGCGCCGAGCUGCAGCGCCUUAUGCCGCCGGACACUAUCUACGUCACUAUCCUGCGCGAGCCGGCCGCCAUGUUCGAAUCUCUCUUCAGCUAUUACAACCAGUAUUGCCCCGCCUUCCGGCGCGUUCCCAACGCGUCCCUCGAGGCCUUCCUGCGCGCGCCCGAGGCCUACUACCGCGCGGGCGAGCACUUUGCCAUGUUCGCGCACAACACGCUGGCCUACGACCUGGGCGGGGACAACGAUCGCGGUGCGCACGACGCCGCCUACCUGGCCCGCCUCAUCCGCCAGGUCGAGGAGGUCUUCUCGCUGGUCAUGAUCGCCGAGUACUUCGACGAGUCGCUCGUGCUGCUGCGGCGCCUGCUGGCCUGGGACCUGGAUGACGUGCUCUACGCCAAGCUCAACGCACGCGCGGCCACCUCGCGCCUGGCCGCCAUCCCCGUGGCGCUGGCGCGGGCCGCGCGCGCCUGGAACGCGCUCGACGCCGGCCUUUACGACCAUUUCAACGCCACCUUUUGGCGCCGCGUGGCGAGAGCUGGCCGCGCAUGCGUGGAGCGCGAAGUGCGCGAGCUGCGCGAGGCCCGGCAGCGCUUACUGCGCCACUGCUUCGGUGACGAGCCGGUGCUGAGGCCGGCCGCGCAGAUCCGCACCAAGCAGCUGCAGCCGUGGCAGCCCAGCCGCAAAGUGGACAUCAUGGGUUACGACUUGCCUGGUGGCGGUGCAGGCCCAGCCACCGAGGCCUGCCUCAAACUGGCCAUGCCCGAGGUGCAAUACUCAAACUACCUGCUGCGCAAACAGAAGCGCCGAGGUGGUGCACGGGCCCGGCCCGAACCUGUCCUGGACAACCCCCCACCACGGCCUAUUAGAGUACUGCCCCGGAGCCCCCAGGGUCCCUGAGCUCCACCUGCCUCCCGGAGCCCGGGUCCUACCCGGCCCUCCCAGGAGGAGGCUGUCUCCAGGUUCUGCCCCAUUUGGGCCCUGUCUUCCCCGUGGCAUAGAGUCCCAUGCCAAAUUUGGGGAUGCCUCUCCC